GCCAGUGUGCAGUGUAGUGCCUAUGUGACGAUCUGAAGCAUUUUAAAUUGAUUAUUUUAUUAAAAUGUCUAACAAAACAACAAAAGAAUGGACUGUGGAUCUCCCGUGGGGAAAAGUGGCAGUGAUCGCGUGGGGCGAUUCAACAAAACCUCCGAUGUUAUUAGUACACGGCUACAUGGAUACAGCAGCGACAUUCAUUCCACUAGUAAAUGAAUUGACAGACAGCCAUUAUUAUGUCGCGUUCGAUAUGCCAGGGCACGGUAAAUCCGAGAACUUUCCAACGGGUCAAGUUAUAUCACAGAUUCAUAUAAUCGAAGUGAUACAUAGAAUCGUUAAAUUCAUGAAAUGGGAUCGAUUCGUCUAUAUGGCGCACUCCAUGGGUGUGGUCAUAGGUUUGUUUUACAAUUACGUGUAUCCAAAUAAAGUGUCGAGAAUGAUACACCUGGACCCCGGACCGCCGAUAUCCAUGUACUACUAUGUACAUCACAAGCUGCCCUUCUGGUUCAACUACAUCUAUACGGAGUAUUACGACAGCUUCAAAAGAUGGAAUUCGUCUGAGAAAAGACGUUACACCUACGACGAUGCGCUCAGUCUAGUCGUCCGCAACAGAAACUUGUCUGAGGAGCAAGCAGAGGUUAUCCUGGCGAGAUCAUUGGAUCCCGUCGCCGGCGAUAAGUUUGAACUAUCAUGGCAACCUAGCAUGAAGAAAAUAUCAAAUGUUUCCGUCUCGGAUGAAACUCUCUACACCAGUCUAACUGCGAACAGUCCCCCGACUUUAGUGAUAGCAGCAUCUGAAUCGAGCAUGGUCGGGCCAGCAAAGAGCUUCGCUUUGAAUAUUCUAGAGAAAUGCCAAAAUAUUUUACCUAAUUUCUAUGUUGUGACCAUAUCCGGAGGCCAUGACGUACACAUCACCAUGCCCGAAGUGGUGGCUGAAUACAUUGUUAAGUUUUUAAACUACAAAAGAAAUAAACUAUGGAGCAUGAUCAAAUCUAAGAUUUAGAAUUUACGAACAGUCCGUCGAAUUGGCAUGACAAUGGGCAUUGAUUUAAUGUACUUUGCUGAAUAGAGCAUAUCCUAAUUUAAUUAAUUCGAUUACUAUCUUGUAAAAUUUCAUUUAAUUUGCAUUUCUUUGCUUUAUUUUAAUAUGUGUGAUAAAUGAAAAAGAGACAAAUUGUGGAACUGAAAGAUACAUUAUUAUGUAUCUUUCAGUUCCACAAUUUGUCUAUUUUCCAACAAAUGAAUGGUGUGGAACGUUUCAAGGUUUAAUGAAUGGUUCAAGUUCAUUUAAACUUCUAUUUCAUUAACAAACUAGCGAGCCACCCUCUCUUGGCUUCGGAAACUGUAAUUUAUUAUUGAUUUCUCCACUAUUUAAUGGAUGUUAUUUUACUUAUAAACCUUCCUCUUCAAUCACUCUAUCUAUUAAAAAAACGCAUCAAAAUCCGUUGCGUAGUUUUAAAGAUUUAAGCAUACAUAUGGACAGACAGAUAUAGGGACAAAGAAAGCGACUUUGUUUUAUACUAUGUAGUGAAGACGUAUUAGCAGGAUACGUGGCGUAUCGUGACACCGUUGAAGAAAGAAUACAGUAUUUUUUUAAUAAUACAAAGAAUUAAAAAUAAAUUAUUGACUAGUAUCAAACAUAAAACGAAAUGUUUUUUGACAAAAAGUAAUCUUAAAUAAAAUCGAUAUCUUAAGGCUUAAUCGAUUUCGAAAAAUUGAAAUCAGCCAUCACUAAUGCUUGUUUUCGUUAAGACGUUUACUUUCCACGCACUUUAGUUUUAAAAAUCAAUUUGGAAUCAAAAAUAUAUUGAGAUUAAUUUUGUAAGCAUAAAUUGCAAGAACAUUAAAUUAAAAGUUUUAGAUAUGGAAUGAAAAUGGAUUCAUUCUGGUGCUUGGUAGGAAUGGAUGUUUUUUUUUCUUUUUUCUUUUUUCUUUUUUAGCUUGCACGGUUUGUGCAUUUAGCCACAUACAAAAGGGUAAAGGUAGGGAAACAGGAGAAAAAGGAAAAAACGGUUAAUUAAAAAGAAUGGAUCAGGUAGGUAUGUAUAUACAUAAGAAUGGAUGUUACUUUAAGCUCUAAAUUGUGUUCUAUAGUUUAAGUGGGGAUGAUUGCAUUUUAAAUUCCUCACUAAGAACAUGUAAGCUUUAUAUUUGUGUAUCUCUUGUAUGAAUAAGAAUAACACGAAAAUAUUGCUUUAAAAACGCGCUCAGAUUUGGGUAUUUGUUUGUCAUAAUGUAUAUUUGAAAAAAAGUUUAAAAUUAGAUUUACACUUUAUGGAAACUAUAUUAUCAUCUAAGGGAAUAAAAGUAUUAUUAAAAAAAAAAGGUUUUUUACCUACAAGAGUCAAGUUAUAAAUAACUAUUUUAUUAAAUAUGUAGAUUUUGUUCUAUUUGCAAGUAAACCUAAAUAAAGCUACUUAAAUAUGUGUCUUAUGAGAAGCGAUACUUUUUUAAUAACUUCAAAUUAUGAAUUAAGCUAACAACAAAACCAGUAUUUUGAUUGCAAAAAAGUGUGAGGUGCCAGGAAAAAAACAAAAAAAGCUAGAUUAUUGCAUAGUUCUGCAUCUGGUAUGACUGUGUUAAACUAUGAAAUUCAUUUUCAAAGCUUCCUUCACAUACCAAAAGGUAUAGGUAAUAAUACCAUCUUAAUGGGUAAAUUUUUAUGAAACGGAUAAUAGUUGAUGUGCAAUUCUUAUUGCAUUUAGCACCUUCUUUUAGUGGUAGAGGGUUUUUGUGAUUCUGCACGGGUAGGUACCAACCACUCUGAGUAUUACAGCCAUGCGAUCUGGUAUGAGGGAUGGGGCAGCCAUUAUACUAUUAGAACUCAUUUCUCAAGGUGGUUGGUGAUAUUUAUGUUGUACAUCUCUAACUCUAUGGGGCUCUGGUAAUCGAUGAACAACAGAUAUAAGUAAUAAGAAUGUUUUUUACCGCUACCUCAUGCUCUUUUUGUAAACUUGUUGAUCUUACCUUUGUAAGUAAUCUUAAGAGUGGUGUUAGGAUUUUCAUUAUGACCGCAAGACAUAUCCCAUAAUAUCUUAUGUGUAACACAGCCAUGUUGAAGUCAUGUCUGCUUAUACAAGCAGCUAAGCAUGAACUACGUCUGAAUGAUUGCUUCUAAUAGGUUCUGGCUUCAAGCGGCAUAAACCAAAUCAUAUUACAUUAUAAUAAAGUUGAUAUAUCACUUUAGAUAGAUACACUCUGCGUGAAGUCUUUUUAUACCAAAUAUGGUGGAUGCUAUUAUGUUAUCGCAAUAAACCAAGACAUAGUUUUAAGCUACUGCAUAGCUUUUAUCACGGGCUUUAAGCGCGGCGACCGAAUCAAGAAAUUCCGUAACGAAAAUAAAACGUAACACCCCCACUCCACUUACCAUGUAGCUCGCAUUCAACACAUUCAUACGUUGCGCUUGUGUAGUGCAUGUGAAUAAGUGCGCGGCGUGACGUCGCACUGCAUGCGCAUUAAGAAAAGUCUGCGUAUCUCUCUCGCGCGGUCUAGCUUAUGAGUGUGAAGGGGACAGUUAAUGUUUUGCUUUUGCUAAUGUUUAUAAAUAUAGCGUGGUCUUAUUAUUGUUUCAAUAUUAAAUUAUUAUUAUCUAAUUAUAAUUGCAUAAGUUGAUAAAAAUGCUAUGCAAUAGCUUUACCGUGGCAGUCCCCAAGUGCCACACGUGUUUUUUUUGUUAUUUGUAGAAACCAUUGUAAUAAUUUUAAUAUAAUGAAAUAAACAGAAGGUUUCUGGCA